GGGUACGUUGUUUGGGCCCCUUGAAAAUUGCAGCCUUGGGCAACUGCCUGAGCCCGUAGGGAGCUUGAGAUGCCGACUUAGCCGUCCUCGAAGCCUGCUGAGUCGGCGGCGGCCCAUCCUCGCCCAUGCGACGGAGUCAACGGCGGUUGUGUGGGGGUGUCUCCAUGCAAAGUGGAGCAAUGCAAUUAUUUAACUAGCCUAUGUGUAAGGUAUGUCUGCGUCCUCAAAAAACGGACAAUGUGUUUAUUCAUUUGAAGACGUAUCACCCAAGUGAUUAUCCUCGAGAGGGCAUUUUGUUUAUUUUGUAUCUUGUACCUCAAAAAAUACAGCAGCACAGACCCAGCUCUUUUAGAUCCACCGAGCCUGCGCUUGUCUGUGAAACUACCAAAAUCCGGUCUAACCCGCCUCCAUGCAGAUUUACCCCGCCCGCCAUGUCAGAUUUAUGCUGCUCACGAAAAUAGGGCCCUUGAAAUCAAAGUAAUUCAGUUAGGACCUUGCAGUUAGAUAUGGGUCUCCUGUGAAAUAUCCACCCCAUCUCACACACCCCAAUCCACUCCUCAGGCAGGGUUUUGUCUGCUUGUGACUUUGCAUGCAAAUUUAAUCAUUUUGAUUUAACUACUCGAAAUGCAUUCAGAGGCAUGCAUGUCAAUCGCCAUUUGAAGUCUAGAUACAAUCCAACAAACAAAAACAGAUAUGCUUUUUAUUUUUCAAUAAUCUUGUCUUUCUCUUUGACAGACCUGUUCGACUUCCUCUCCAACCUUGGACUACAGAAAUAUUAUCCGAACAAACUCACUCUUCAGUCUCUUUUGGAAGUCAACAAAAGCAGCAUAUACGAAACAGUUGUUUUAUCAGCAGAUGAAAUACCAUUUUGUUUCCUCAGAAAACUGCUUAAAAUCGAUGCUGGGUGCAGGAACUGUACGCAGAUAUUAAGCAGUUCUGAGGAAACCGAAGACAGCCUUGACCAACUGGACAUUUACACAGCAUGUAACUCAGAAAACACAGUUCAUCCUCUUGACCUGAUAGUAGGUCUAUUUCUUUGUGCUGACAGCUUCUUACAGCAGGAAAUGGCCCUGAAGAUGUCGUUAUGCCAGUUUUCUGUCCCCUUGCUGUUGCCCCACUGCAACAACAAUCAGUGUACUCUGAUGCUAUGGGCUCUGAGAGAAAUUGUGAAGGAGUGGUGUCCGCAUGAUUUGUGUCAGACCAGAGGAUUUGUUGAGAACAACAUUGUGCAAGCAACGAUACCAUUCUUUUCCUUUGUGAGGCUAAAGAACUGCAGUUUAUCCAAAUCUCAGUUUUUAAAUCACAUCCUCAGCUGUGGCCAGCAGAAUCACAAUAUAUUUAUACACAGAGACAUGGAAGGAGGGGCACGGACUAGAAAAAUUUCAAAUACGUUAGUGGAGGUUUGCUGGUUCCUUCCUUGUGGGAGAGAGAAUCUUGACAUAUUCCCAGAGCCAAUUACGUUUGCUAAUUUGCGAGGAGAUAUUUGUGAGUCACUCGCACAAUUUUCUUUUCUUUAUGAAGUGUCCAAUGCAGUUUUUGUAUUUUUGGACAAAAUUGAAGACAAGGAGCACAACAUUCUGACAGCUCUUCAAGAUGCAAAAUCCAAACUCCAUUUUGUUGUUAAUCGCAAAGAGGGUGCCUGUGAGGAUAUGAUGUCUGUCAAGAAAACACUGCAAACGCUGAAUUUACCAAAUAGCAGUGUUAAAAUCAAAGACUCAAGAGUGAAUGUGGCAGAGUUUUCUCAGAGACUUUGUGGAGCUAUCAAGAACUCACUGCUUCACAUAAAACACACAAUGAGUAUAGAAAAAAUGCUUGACAAAGCAAUUGACUUGGGUCUGUCUGUGGAUGAAAACAACACUCUUGACCAGAAAAAAACUGCUAAAGAUAUUAUGAGGGGUAUUAGUGUACGAAGUAUACCACACUACAAGAAACAACAACUUCCUUUGCAAGGAGAACAUUGGAAGAGAUUAUCACAACUGGAGAUGAAAGAAUGCAGAAUGAUUGAUGUUGGCACUGAGGGUGCUGAGCAUUAUAAAGCUCAGCUACGGGCAGAGAAAAGACACACUUGGGAAGAGCAAAACAAGCAAAAAUUGUCGCAAGGAAUGCAAGAUUUUAUUGACAUCUUAGCAACAAGCAACAAAGAGAAAAUAAAUGUUUUCUUAAAGUGGAUGAAGUUCAUAUUUAAUACCCAUUCUCGUGAAAAAUUGACUGCCCUGCGUAACAAGUUCAAAGAGCAAUGCAGAAAUAAGGAUGCCAAACUCAUUGCAGAGAUUGAUCAAGAUUUGCUGGAUAGCUCUUUAGGAGUAGAGCAUUACAUGAGAGAAAUGGGACUAAACUAUGAGGUUUCCAUGCAAUCAGGAGAUGCCACAGAUAAAUUCUCCUAUUUGCCUGCUAUAGCUGCUGAAAUGCUGUUGGACGGGUAUCCAUUGGAGCUUUUGGAUGGAGACGCUUCAAACAUCCCAGAGAAGUGGGUGACAGCCGUGCUAAUGGAGCUUCACAAGAAGGUUGGUGAGAAGAGCAGGCUGAUAGUACUAACCGUGUUGGGUGUUCAAAGUACUGGAAAAUCAACUCUUCUCAACACCAUGUUUGGUGUUCAUUUUCCGGUCAGCAGCGGCAGAUGUACAAGAGGGGCCUAUAUGCUUUUCAUCAAAGUUGGAGACGAUACACAAAUUGAGUUGGGUUGUGACUUCAUCCUCCUCAUUGAUACUGAAGGUCUGAAAUCCCCUGACCUUUCACAACUGGAAGAUAGUUAUGAGCAUGACAACCAACUGGCAACCUUUGUCAUAGGCUUAAGUGAUGUGACCAUUAUCAACAUUGCAAUGGAGAAUGCAACUGAAAUGAAAGAUGUCCUGCAAAUUACUGUCCAUGCCUUCAUGAGAAUGAAACAAAUUGGAAAAUAUUCAGUUUGUCAUUUUGUGCACCAAAAUGUUGCUGGAGUUUCAGCUCAUGCCAAAAACUUGACAGAGAGACAACAUCUAUUGGACCAACUAAAUGAAAUGACCCAAAUUGCAGCUGAAAUGGAGAGACAGCCUUCGAUUCAAGCAUUCACAGAUGUGCUCAACUAUGACUUGGAAAAAAACAACUGGAACAUCCCAGGACUUUGGCAUGGAACGCCUCCAAUGGCACCAGUAAACACUGGUUACAGUGAAGCUGUAGCAGAGUUCAAGAAAAAUCUUCUGGAGUCAGUAGGAAAAGGAAGGAGUAAUGAUGUCUCAAAGAUCCCAGAGUUUCUAGAAUGGAUGCGUAGUCUGUGGAAAGCGGUUAAAUAUGAGAACUUCAUCUUUAGUUUCAGAAACACACUUGUGGCCCAUGCUUAUGACAACCUGUGCAAAGAGUUUGCCCAGUGGGAAUGGGAGAUGCGAAAAGCACUCCUCUCCUGGCAGACAGCAGCAGAGUCAGAAAUCUUAAAUGCUAACAAUGAGGCUGGAUGGGAAACAUGGGAUACAUUAGUCAAGUUAAAGAAAUCGGAACUAUCCGUAAAAAUUCAAUUCCAAAAAAAUAAAUUCAAUGAGAAACUUUUUGACUAUUACAGAAAGAAAGACAGACGUGUACAUUUGAUAGAGAAAUACAAAACUGACUUUUUCAAUAGUAUCACAUGUGUCUCAAAUGAUAUUCAACAUUCAGUGAAUACUAAAUUGGACAAAGUCUUUGAGCUAAAAAUUGGUUUGAAAAAGGCACAGGAUAUACAACAGGAGUACCACGUUGUGAUUGAAGAGAGAGUCAUGGAACUUCUGCAUGACUUCAAAGACUUGAGACUGUCUGAUGACCAACUGAGAGAGGAGUUUGACAAAAUGUGGGCUACAGCUACUGCCAAUGUAUCUACACUCAAAGAGCAAGAUAUACCUGCAUUCAUUCUUACCCAACUGAAGAAAAAUGUCUCACAUCGGAACGUGAACGAGAACUUACAACAUAUUGAAAACCUAAAGGAUUUUGGAAUGGACCCAUUUAAGACCAGAGGUGACCAUGUCAACACCUUUAUGGCGAAAGUUCAAAAUUUGUGCAAAGGAGAUUUACAGAUAUUUGCAGACAAUGUCAUCGAGACAGCCACCCAGUUUAUUCUUGAUAAAACUAAGUCAAAUGGUGAUUACCAUGAUUCGCUCUCAAGAGAUCUUCUGCAGAGGGUUGAUGAAUUGGUUAAUCAAGGUUACAGAUGUCACCAAACCAACACUCAGUUUGAGAUUGACAUCAAACUCCAUAUUUGUGGCAUUGCUGCAAGAAAAUUCCUCGAGCUGCACCAAAGAUUCUUGUCAAAUAAUGAUCCCCGAACACAGUUGGAAAAGUGCAGGCACCAAUACUUGUCAGACUUUCUGGAUUUAUACAACAAUACCGAUCAUUGCCAACGCAAAGCAAAUGAUUUUGUCCAGCUUUGUAUCCAACCGGCUGUUGAGGAUUGCAUCAACAGAUCUUUGGGAAUUGAAAUUGUUGAUGAAAUUUUGACAAGCAGUCGUUCAAUGAUGUACAGUUCACGCUCUUGUUUCCAAUACAAACUUCAGAAAGAAUUACUGCUGAAAGAUGAUUUCAAGAGUUUUGUCAAGUACAUCUGUCACUAUGAAACAUACGUUAAGGAUCAGAUACUUCUUCACAUCUGUCAACAAAUGGAAAAGGACAAGACAUUGUACAAAUUAAAGAAGAAGAAUCUGGAGGUUGUAGUUUGUAAAUUAAUAAAUGCAAUAAAGCAGGCCUCAAAUUUUACAUCAGAAGACGAUGCGAACAUUCCAAAUCUAGUCAACGAAAUGCGUAAAUAUCUAAUUAAAGACAUUGUAAUCGCAGAGGAGGCACAAAAACGCAGUCUGUUUCAGAUCCAAAGCACAUGCCAUUCAUUUACACAAAGCUUCAUUGCAUCUUUGAAUACAUUAAAGGACACAUUCCUUGUUGAAUUCGCCAACACUGAAGACAUAACUGAAAGUCUAAAAAAACUUGCAGUAAAACCACAGAAUGAGCUAUUCGAGAGAAUAAUUGGAUGUGGACAGCAGUGUCCAUUUUGUAAAGUUCCUUGUGAAGCAGGUGGCAAAGAACACAAGAAACAUCAUGCGGCUGUGCAUCGACCACAGGGGCUUGGAAGAUACAGACAUUAUUCAACUGAAGUCCUGGUUGAAUCUCUGUGUACAACUGAUGUGCAGAGUCAUUGUACAUUUAUAAUGUAUGGGGAAACUACGGAGUGGGUUCAAUACAGAGACUAUAAUACCGUCUAUCCUGACUGGCACAUACCCCCAGACCCCACAAUGGAAGCGUCUGAUUACUGGAAGUAUGUACUGGUACGCUACAAUAUUCAAUUUGCUAGGGAGUAUCAGGCCAACCCAGCAAAAGUUCCAGAGGCCUGGAAAAGAAUCACAAAGCGGCAAGCACUGAAGGGUUUGAAGGAUUCUUUCAGCAUAAAAUAAAGUAAUGCAGUCUGUAAAAGUGUGAGGUAAAAAGGAUAUGCAGUGUACACGGGUAGUGCAGUUGCUGGCCUAAAUGGCGCCCUGUGUGAAGUCGCCCCUCGGCACCUAGAUAGCGCACCCUCAAUCUAAUCGUCAACACGGAGGGUGCUGACAGAAGUUUUACCACGUUUUAGUCCUGUCCCAUAAUCUGAUGAUCACUUUCAGCAAUAACUUUCACCUUCAAAUAUGAUCAUCGAUGGCUGGGGGGGUGUGAUGGGGGUUUGGAGUGCUGAUGUAAAUGUUGAAAUUUGUUAUAUUAUAUGACAUUUUCAAACAGAGUGUUGCCUUGUGAGGUUGCACACUUCGCACAUGCCAAUUUCCGCCACUGUACCCGGGUGAGGAUUACAGAAAGAUGCAACAGAAGAAAAGAGAAAUUUGCCGCACUGUCAAGAAUGGAAUUUGCACUUAUCAUGAAAUGUUUUAGAAACUGUGAACAUAAUGCAUCAUUAUGCCAAGGUAGUAAAUCAUUGAGGAUGUGUUUUUUGUGUUUUUGUUGUUGUUGUUUGAUACACCCGAUAACACUAUGAAUGGAUCAAAUGAGAAUGUUUUUAAUACAAUAAAAUGUAUUAAAUCAA